AUGGGUAAGGAAGAGAAGAACCACAUCAACGUCGUCGUUAUCGGCCACGUCGAUUCCGGCAAGUCGACCACCACUGGUCACUUGAUCUACCAGUGCGGUGGUAUCGACAAGCGUACCAUCGAGAAGUUCGAGAAGGAGGCUGCCGAACUCGGCAAGGGUUCCUUCAAGUACGCGUGGGUUCUUGACAAGCUCAAGGCCGAGCGUGAGCGUGGUAUCACCAUCGACAUUGCCCUCUGGAAGUUCGAGACUCCCAAGUACUAUGUCACCGUCAUUGACGCUCCCGGUCACCGUGAUUUCAUCAAGAACAUGAUCACCGGUACCUCCCAGGCCGACUGCGCUAUUCUCAUUAUCGCUGCCGGUGUUGGUGAGUUCGAGGCUGGUAUCUCCAAGGAUGGCCAGACCCGUGAGCACGCUCUGCUCGCCUACACCCUCGGUGUCAAGCAGCUCAUCGUCGCCAUCAACAAGAUGGACACCACCAAGUGGUCCGAGGCCCGUUACGAGGAGAUCAUCAAGGAGACCUCCGGUUUCAUCAAGAAGGUCGGCUACAACCCCAAGACCGUUGCCUUCGUCCCCAUCUCCGGCUUCCACGGCGACAACAUGCUUGCCCCCACCACCAACGCUCCCUGGUACAAGGGCUGGGAGAAGGAGACCAAGGCUGGCAAGUCCACCGGCAAGACCCUUCUCGAGGCCAUUGACGCCAUCGACACCCCCAAGCGUCCCACCGACAAGCCCCUCCGUCUUCCCCUCCAGGAUGUCUACAAGAUCGGUGGUAUUGGAACAGUGCCCGUCGGCCGUAUCGAGACUGGUGUCCUCAAGCCCGGCAUGGUCGUCACCUUCGCCCCUGCCAACGUCACCACUGAAGUCAAGUCCGUCGAGAUGCACCACGAGCAGCUUACCGAGGGUCUCCCCGGUGACAACGUUGGUUUCAACGUGAAGAACGUCUCCGUCAAGGAUAUCCGCCGUGGCAACGUCGCCGGUGACUCCAAGAACGACCCCCCUCUGGGUGCCGCUUCCUUCAACGCCCAGGUCAUCGUCCUUAACCACCCCGGUCAGGUCGGUGCUGGAUACGCCCCGGUUCUCGACUGCCACACUGCCCACAUUGCCUGCAAGUUCUCCGAGAUCCUCGAGAAGAUUGACAGACGUACCGGCAAGUCUGUUGAGAACAACCCCAAGUUCAUCAAGUCUGGUGACGCCGCCAUCGUCAAGAUGGUUCCCUCCAAGCCCAUGUGCGUUGAGGCCUUCACCGACUACCCCCCUCUGGGACGUUUCGCCGUCCGUGACAUGCGCCAGACCGUCGCCGUCGGUGUCAUCAAGUCCGUCGAGAAGUCCGCUGGCAACGCUGGCAAGGUCACCAAGUCCGCUGCCAAGGCUGGCAAGAAAUAA